UAUCAGAUGUGCGCUGCAUAUAUUACCAUCUAUUUACACAUAAAUUAUCAGGUAUCUUUUCACAUUUGUUUUCCCCAAUGAUUAAAGUUACCACGAUGUUUGUAUCUAAACUAUCAGGUCUAUGGCGUGAAUGUUAUCGUGCUAUUUACAGAAAUUACCGGGGGGCGGGUUCAACAAAUUUAUUCCCAAUGAUCAAAGUUACCAUGAUGCUUGAAACAAAAAGUUUUUCAGUGCUAACAUAUUAAAGGCAAAAACAUGUCAAAAAUAGUAUUUCCCUUGGAAUGUUUAGCAAUGAGUGUCAUAAGUGAGGUGGUUAGCUCCCUUUGUUAAUUACUUGCAGACCAGAGAUCAAAUCCUAGUCUGAGCAUUAUUUUUGUUGAAUUAGGAAGGCACGAGCGGGUGUGCCCAAUAAAAUUGGGGAGGACGUGCGGGAAAAGAAAGAAAUCGGAGGAGGACCUGAGGGAAAGGAAAGAAAUCGGGAGGUCGUAUACAUAUUUCGUUUCUAUAAACUGGCUUUUUGAGAUUUUAUAAAACUCAGUGUUACUUAUCCACGGAUUAGUUAGAUAUCCCAAACAAGUUUUUAGAUGGUUGUAACAGAAAUCACGUUUUUAGAGAGCUGGUUCUCUGCAAACUCUUCAUCCAAACAACCCCUAAUCAGUACACUACUCCAAGCGCACCCUCCUCGGGCCCCUCGGCUGCGACUGCGAAUGCAACCGCCGAUGGUCUCCGGGCCGCCGUGGCACCGGCCUUGACCCGAUUGCGGCCGAGCUCCUCGGCGCAUAAGCCCUCCCCCUACCCGUCCCAUCCGACCUCUCGACCGUGAGAAGCUCCGUCGUGCGGCUCUUGCCGCCUCCACCCUCCCGCCUCCGAGCGCCGUCCUCUACCAUGACCGGUCGUGUUCAUAUUUACUUCAAGAUCCAAUCUUCAAGAGCAUUGAACUCUUCAAAUAUGACCAGCUUCCAACUGCUGCGAACUUGUGGUUGUGAUGCAGUUAGUGCUUCUUUGAGUGGUUCUUCCUCCGUCGAACUCUUCCACCCCUCGGAGAACCUUGGUUCUUAUGUCGACGACAAUCACACAUGCCUUGUGAUGCUGGUGCAUCGGCUUGGUCAGGAUGUAAAAGACGUCAUCGUCGUGGCCGCUGAGUACAGGGUUGCAUGGCCGAAGCCUCGUCAAGACUGGCUUCUUCUCCGCGUCUUCGUCCUGGCAGAUUAGGUUAAAUGUGUUGUCUUCGUCUCGUUGCAUGGUUGAAUGGGUCGUUAGCGAAGUUCAAGAGCAUGGUAACCACGUUAACGAAGUAUGUCCACAAUUUGUUUCAAAAAAGAAGUAUGUCCGCAAUU